GAAGAUUCAGUGUUUUUCAAUCCAUGGCUUCCGCUGAGAUCAAGGUUAAGCUAAUUACUAGCAAGACCAAUACUCAUCGAAACUGGCCGUUUGGGUUUCUGGGUUUUUCACUAUGACCAUGAUUAAUCCUGCUGAAAACCUCUAUAAAUUACAGCAUCCUUACGGUGGUUAUGGUGGCCGCAGUUAUUCAAACUGUUUUGGUGUUAUGAACCAAUUAGAAGGAUAUGACUGUGGUAGUAGUGAAGCUUGCUUAGGAGAAUCAGAUUUAGUUGUUGGUCGGAUGGCAGAAGAUGAAUCAAAAUCAAGAACUGAGAGUGUAAAUGAAGCAGGCUCGAGCUCCAAGGACGUUCAAGAAGAGAAGGAUGAGGGAUGGCUUCAAUUGAGUAUUGGUGGCCACAUGGCGAGCCAUGACCAUGACAACAAAGUUGAUCAGCGCGUUGUUGAUCUGACCAGUCGAAGAGGAGGAUUGCUUGAACUUGAUCUACUACCGGCCGGUGGUAGUUCACAUUCACAGCAAGUGAUCAGUCCAUUAGCCCCUCCUAUGUUUCAUGCUCCUGAUCAAUUUAGAGCUCCAAGACCAGUUACAAAUUUUACAAGUGCCACUGGUUAUAAUACAUCGUUGUUAUUUCAACACCCCGGAACUAGUAGCUCAACUUUUUCUCAUCAAGAGAUUAGCUGGGCAUUUAGACCUUUCCCAAGAAAUAUAGCAGCAGCUUCUAGUUCUUCUUCUUCUCCUUCUUUAAUGGCGCCGGGACCUUAUUUCGCCCGACCAUUUCAAAUCCAAACCGGAAUAGAUAUUGCGGGUCCAAGUAUAGAUUUCAGAGUUGUUGAUCCUCCGCGGAGACCUCAUUCUGGUAUAUGGUUUAUGCUACAAGCAUCACAAAAUCAAGUAAAAGAGCCAUUUUUGCCUCAGAUAUCCAAAAGCUACCUGAGAAUCAAGGAUGGAAGGAUGACAAUUCGGUUGUUAAUGAAGUAUCUGGUUAACAAGCUGAGAUUGGACAGUGAAUCAGAGGGCUUAAGUGAAGAAAAUGCAUAG